AUCAUCCCUCAGAAAGUCGAUUGCUCCCUCCCUCACACACUUCAGUUUUGAGGUACCACUCAAGGACCCGCUCAGCUUCAAUAAGGUACAGAGCUGCUAAUAUUCUGUUCCGGUGUGGGAAUUUAAAACAAUCAUGACCGAUGGACCUAGAAAAUCAAAGAUCUCAUCCUCACGAAAGCUGGGGUUGAAGAUUCGGCUCUUGGCAGUCGCUGCUGAGAUGCUGCAGGAGGAGACAGAGAGGAAGAUGCAGGAGAGAGAAGCUGUUCUGGCAGAAAGAGUUCCUCCUCUAAAACUCUCUGGUCUGUCUUUGCAAGAGAUGCUGGAUCUUUGCAAAGACUUGCACCACAAGAUUGACGUCGUAGAUGAGGAGCGGUAUGAUAUAAGCCUCAAGGUGUCCAAAAAUGCCAAGGAGAUUGAAGAUAUGAAUCUGAAGAUCACUGAGAUCCAGAGUAAGUUCAAGAAACCAACCCUGAGGAGAGUGAAGAUCUCAGCUGAAGCCAUGCUGAGCGUUCUGCUUGGCUCCAGACACAAGGAGAACUUUGACUUCAAGGCCAACCUCAAAACGGUCAAGAAGGAAGAGGACAAGAAGGAUGAGGUGACUGACUGGCGUAAGAACGUGGAGGCCAUGUCUGGCAUGGAGGGCAGGAAGAAGCUGUUUGAUGCAUCCGGCAACUAAAGAAACAUUUACUUUUGUUAUCUCCUUAACAUUUGAAUACACUAUACUAACGUCAGUAUUUUUGUACUAGUGUUGUAGUGACUGUUUGCAGUAGUUCUCUUCUGCAGCCUUAUGAUGGCAGCAUAGCUCUUUCACAAGAUGCUCAGACACUUGUGGACGUACAGUACAGUAUAGUAGGUUGACUAUGGAGUCCCUCAUAAAUUAACUUCUGCUUGUGUGCUAUCUGCUGUUCUGGCCAUUGAUUUUCUCAGACUGGUAAAAACAAAAUAUAUUGCCUAAUAAAGAUACAAUGCUAAAAGUUAAGUAGCAUGAUUGCAGCCUCUGUUAGAGUUCAGUGGGAGUAUGCUAUCUUUGUAUUUGGGUUAUGUACCUGAUACAAACAUGAAUCCAGCAAUAUUCUCUCAAUAAAAAAACUAAAGUUC